AUGGGUAACGGUGUCAAAAAGAGGAAGAAGGCUACCCAGGCUCUGCGAGCCUUGCAUCCCCGAGCCACACAAUCCAUCUACCCCCAGCUACGCACAAUGGACCCCCAAUCAAAAAAGAACAUUGUCAUUGUCGGCGGCGGCAUCAUUGGCUCAACGACAGCUUACUUCCUCUCCCGACAUCCCAAAUUUAACCCCGCCCUGCACAAGAUUACCCUCCUCGAAGCCACCUCCAUCGCGGCCGGUGCCUCGGGUAAAGCUGGUGGUCUCCUCGCGCUCUGGGCCUACCCGCAGCCUCUGGUGCCGCUUUCCUACCGUCUUCAUGCCGAGCUUGCAGCCGAGCAUGGCGGUGCCGAACGCUGGGGGUACCGCAGGGUCGGAUGCGGCAGCUUCGACGCAACAGUCACCCGUGCCAAGCUCGACGCCGUAGAGCAAGCUUCCGCGGCCCGGGCCGCUGCCGUACCUGGUGCGAAUGACGGGGAAGAACAGAAAGGUUGGGAGCGGCUCCCGAAACAGGACGACGCGGCGGAAGCUCUGUUGAAAGACUCGGUGGUCCCGAAGGAUCUCGAUUGGGUCGAUCACGAAAUCAUCGACUCGUACCAGGAAAUGGGCCACCCCGGCGCGACGGAAACGGCACAGGUCCACCCCUUCCACUUCACAACGUCCAUGGCGGCCCUCGCAGCCGAGAAAGGCGUCGACAUUCGCACGCGCGCAAAGCUCACCAAGAUCAACUCGUCGCCGACCGGCGUCGAGUCGGUGGAACGUCAUCGUCACCGCCGGCCCAACGUCGAGGGCCUGCGCGCCCACAGCGUCGUCUACGAUGCGACCGUCUCCCCCUACGCCGUCUUCACCCGCGUCCUGCUGCCCGAGGACUACGUCCCCGCCCACCGCGUCGUCAAGGGCCAGCGGCGCAAGCACAAGCGCGUCGUCGACCCGGAGAUCUACGCCCGCCCCUUUGGCGAGGUCUACGCCUGCGGCGAGCCCGACCGCACCGACCCGCUGCCCGACACGGCGGACCUCGUCCGCGUCGACGAGGCCAACUGCGACGACCUGCUCGCCUACAUUGCCACCUUCAGCCCGCAGCUCGCAGCCGCCCGCGUCAAGGCCAAGCAGGCGUGCUACCUGCCGCAGCGCGAGGGCGGGCCGCUGAUCGGCGCCACGUCGACGCCGGGGCUGUGGGUAGCGGCUGGGCACACGUGCUGGGGGAUCCAGAACGGGCCGGCGACGGGGAAGCUCAUGGCCGAGUAUGUGAUGGACGGGAAGACGAGCAGCUCUGAUAUCAGCGAGAUGGACCCCAGGCGGUACAGUCGCGUGUGA